GCCAUCGCAGCAGCAGCCCGGCGACCCUCGCAGGAUGUCGAUGUCCCGCGUGGCGCGCCCUUCGGGAGGUGCCGAAGUCUUGUCUCCGUGCCUCGUACACGCGCGCCACGAUUGAUCGCGCUCCAUCCCCGAGAGCUCGAUUUUCGAAAAUCUUCUUCCUCGCAAUUAUCUCCCUUAUAUCGUUCCGUUCUCUCCUCUCCCCGGUCGAUUUGUUCAACAAGUUUUAUAGUCCCUUUACCGGACUUUUGUAAAAGAAAAAGAAAUGUAAGGAAGGCGAAAAGAGGAGAACGAAAAGAUCAAACGCGCUUUUUUUCGGAUCUUUUUUUCAAAUAAAAAAAAAAAAAAAAGAGCAAAAAGUUCGCGAGAACACAUCGCGCGACUCAUAUGCACCCCGAGCGACGAGCCGCUCUCGGAUACGCGUGUGCGUAAGGUACGCGUUGGUGCGUGUGUUUACAAUCUGUGAGUGGUGCGGCGGCGGCGGCGGCGUUAAGCACCGAUUACGGGAUAUGGAUUCACAGUGGACCCGGGUGGAGGCGGAAGGCGGCAGAUGACGGGUCCGCGGUCGAGCCCGGCGAGAGGAGGCGCCGAAUGAAAGUGAAAACGGGAGACUGCACGGGGGUGCGUACUACGAUGUGAGAGGGAGGAUGCGUCGCCCUCGGGAGAACGACGAAGGGUGCGGGAAGACGAACGCCGGAAGGCGGCGACGGAUGCCUUGAGGCUCAGCCUGCUGCAAAUCCCGUGGAUUGUGUGCGUAAGGGCCCACCCUCUUUAGAAUUCCCCGUCCGUAGAGGAGCGAGGAGUUUGUUGAAGACAAAGACGAGGGGGUCGGCGCUCGAGAGGGGUGAAAGGAACGAGGAGAAGGAGGUGCGGUUGAGCCUAGGGGGUGAAAAAGCGAGAGGGAGAUAAGGAGAUAAGGAAGAUGGGAGAGAGCUCGCCGGAUCUCAGCCUCCGGCUACGCCAAGGCAGCUCCGAUUCCAGAGACUCCUUCUACAUGGACUUCGCUCAGGGUAUCGAUUCCGAUAUCGAGGAAGUGACGCGACCAGGCGACAAUAAUUCUGAUCCUAUGCUGGAAAAUCAUCUGGAGGAGAACGGGAACGAUCUGCCGCCGAUUGAGGAUAUCACAACGAUCCCCGAAGAAGCCUCCGAAGAGUUAAGAGAGGAGGAGGAGGCGGCCGCAUUGGAGGCUGCGCUUCGAACGCCAGACGGUGGUGCGAUUAGCACGGAAAUCAGGAAACCGUCGGCUGCGACGCUCACGCAGGACUGGCCAGGAUUGCCGGUCGCGCUACCAUCACCAGCCUCGCCAUCCGCGGUAAUCGUCUCGCCGGAAACGCUGUCUAGACACAGUAGCAGCUCACCUUCUCGCGUUCACCGACCACCCCAGUUCGCGUUGGCCCUGCCAUGUUCCUCGCAACCGAUUCCGGCGGUCUGCUAUCCGACGCCGACCUUUCUCGAGGUCACCGACGAACGGAAGUGGAAGAACCUUGGAUGCGACGCCCUGGCGACCACUUUGAGCGCGUUGUACGGGAAACUUCUGGUUGUGAUGGGGAUCGCCUUUCCCAUGGCGGAAGUAAUAUCCACGUACAUACCGCCGUCGUUCUAUGAGGCUUUCUACCUCUAUCUGUACUUUGGCAGCAUGAUUUUCCUGGUCUACAUGUACGCUAUGUUGUUCAGAGACAACAAGACAAAACCGACAGAGAAGCAGAAAGACGUAUGCGAUCUGGACUCAUCGAGAUCGUCGAGCGGCGCCGGCGGUGACAGCGACACGCCUGAGAACGGAUGUCCGCACAUGCAUCCGGGACGUCCGGUCCAGCAUUAUGGCAGCUUCUACCUGCGAAUGGGAGCUGUUGCGUUCGGCAUCGGCUCGAUGAUCUAUUCCGGAUUGGAAUUCGGCCAAUAUUUCGAGCUGGAACAGAACACCAAGUGUCACAACAUCAUGCUGGCUCUCACGCCGGCCACGAGGAUGGCCUUCAUCUUCAUUCAGAUGUACUUCAUAUUCCUAAACAAUGAGCAAAUGAAGGUUUAUCGCCAUCGCGUCGUAGCGCGUUUCGGGCUGAUGCACAUGAUUGGCACGAAUCUGUCAGUCUGGCUGAACGUUCUCGUGCAGGAAACAAAACACGAGAUCCUCACCUUUUAUAAUCCGGAGAACAACUCUCUCAGAAUUUCUCACAGACUGGGCUCAAAGGGUGGACUUCAUCUCGGCGGUCACACUCACUCUCAUCACGGAGAACACGUGCGACUUCCCCGCGGUCUCAAAGGACCCCAUCACAUGUUUGAAUGCAGAAGAACGAAUAUAAUGGGAUCGUUGGUGCAAGAUGCCAGCCCCUUCCUCUUCCCAUGUACGAUAGAAUAUAGCUUGAUUUGCGCGGCCAUUUUAUACGUUAUGUGGAAAAACAUAUCGAAAAUCGGAUUCACGCAGCCCACGACACCACCUGGUUCGCGUCAUCAUACACACGCCUACAGGAGAUCACCUCAUCAUUACAGCGUGGACUGCGCCCGCGCACACAAGGGCCUCUUCGUGGGCAUACUGAUCCUGGUGCUGACCAUAAUCUCCUUGAUUCUCUUCUUCGUUCUCAUCUCGCGACCCGAACUGGUCAGCCUCGCCGUGACCGAGGUGAACGUCUGCGAGCUGACGCUCUACGGGAUGUCCACUAUGGCGACGCUGAUCGGCAUGUUCCAGAUGCGCAAACUGCGUUACGACGGUGGUAGAAAUCUCGAGCUCGACAACAUCCUCCUGGUGGCCGCGCAGACCGGCAUGUUUAUCUAUUCCACGUUUACCAUCAUCGGCGGUCACUUUACUCUGCAGAAGCACACGGUCCUCGUGCUGGUCACCGCUCUCGCCAGCGUCGUCCAGACCACCUGCCAAACCAUCUUUAUCCUGGACGCGUCCAGACGCUCUGUGGCCACCGCCGAGCAAAUACGCCGAAAACCUGGCAGAGAGAUCGUGACAUUUCUACUGGUGACGAAUCUAGCCAUGUGGGCGAUCAACACUUUGGAGAAAUCACGAGCGGAAUCACAUCCUGUGCAAUUGCACUUUUACGGCCUGUGGGCGUGGACGAUCAUCACCCAUGUCUCGAUGCCGCUGGCUAUUUUUUAUAGAUUCCACAGCACCGUGUGCCUGUGCGAGGUGUGGAAGCGGGCCUACAAAGUCAAGCCGACCUACAUGUGACGUAAGAGGUCCCGCGAGAUCAUAUGGAAGACCGGGAGUGCACCGCAGCGGCCAAAGAGCCAACAGUCGAGGCUUCACGCCAUCGCGGAGAACGAUUCGGCAUAUUUCAUAUGAUCGAGAGAAAUAUCGAAUUGCUGCGGCCAUCGAAGCUGGCGUGAAAAUCGUCUCGAAGAGAAAGUGUUCGACGGGCGACGCAACAAAGAGUAGUCAACAUCGAGUUUUUUUAGAUGAACAAAACUUUUCUAGACAUUCGAGUACAAUUGACUCGAUGAUACGCACACAAUUCAACGUGCGAAAUUUGUAUUCACUCCAGGGUAUCUCUUUAGAAAAGUUUUUACUAAACAGAUUCGGAUACUUCAAAUUAUAUUUGGAUACUACAUACGUAAAUUACUUCAAGAAGAAUGCAUCUCGGCAAAAAAAGUACUCAUAAAAAAAAAAACUGUCACGUAAACUAUCACGUAACUCUCACGGUAUGUUAUCUCGUCACUUAUCAAAAAAGUCGAUGUCUCUAGCUAGCAUUGUACAAAAUAUAUUUCGUCAAUACAUAAAUAUUGACGAGGCUAUAAAAUUAAUAUAACGCCAUUGUUUCAAACCAUCAUCACUUUUUGAAAAGAAUCACUCGUGUUCGAAUUCACUCUCGCUAAAAUAGACAGGCGAAAAGAAAAAUUUUAGAAAACUUUAGAAGCGGACUGUCUCCGGAGAUGCGUGUGUGUCGAGAUCCCUUCGCCGAUAUAAGCCGAUUUAUUGGGAUACGAUAUUAUACACGGUCUUCUUGACUACUUUUUAGAGAUUUCAAUGUUAAUCCUCUUACUCGCCAUUGAUAUCUGUAAAUAGCCUCUUUACCACGCUGUGCAAAACCUACGGAAAGAAGGGGAGAUUUUAUCAACCGCACAAACGCGCACUUAAUAGAAUCGCAGAUUUCGGUGCGAUAAAGAGAUAUGACGCGUGCAUUGACAUUUGUCGCUUUCUCACAGCUUUUGCCCCACGCGAUGAUCCUACAGAGUAGAAGUGACAGCACGAGCUCACCGUAUAUAGGAUUCAUUUGAUCAACGCAAUUUCUAUCGAAUAAGAAAAAGAGAUCCUUUAUCUACUUCGUAUGAAAAAAAUUAUGUAAAACAAUCAAUUGUACUUCAAAUCGAUCUAACUGCUUAGACCAAUCUCCUGAAAUAAGAUUCGUUGAUAAAUAAUAUGUAGUAGCUUUUAAAUUUUUUUCUCGUUUGGAGAUAAUCAAAUAUAUUUUCUCAAUUUAAUCGAUCGACAGAUACGAUGUAGAAAGUCUGCAAAAAAAAACAUAAUAAUCAUGAUUUUUAUUAUAUGUACAUUUAAAUUAACGCUCAUUCUGAUGUCUAAAACGCACGAGUCUUAGAGAACACGCGUUAGAAAUAGAAAGGACUAGAUUUUUCUUAGAAACAAUCUGGUCGAAGCGGCUGGCGUAGGCCUUUCUUCGGCCUUUAAGGGAACAAUAAAUCUUCGAUAAAUCGUUCGAUAAAUUUUUCUAUCUAUUCCAAGUGAUGAGUGAGAAGGACGCGAAAAAUUUACUCUUUCUCUCUCUUUCAUAAGACUGAAACGAACGUUAGGAGAGCGGUCGAGAUGAACCGAGCAUAAAUCCUGAUCCACUUCGAUCCGAAUCGUUUGGCUGUAACACGUUCGUUCGACGCUCGUAAUUCAUGGCAUUCGAAUACUCUCACGAAUAUCCGUCUUCCACGUAGUACAAACUGCAGUUUAAACAGCAAUCGUCCAUGCAGAUAGUUCGGAAAAUAAAAUAACGGUGGGAGAUCGAGAAAUUACGAGUACAAUAGAAUAAGAGAUAAUAUCGUAGUACACAGAUAUUAUUCCCUGAUAUUUUCGUAACAAACAAAAUUAUCUUUCUAAUUGACGAACAAAUGCCGUAAUUAAUUAGAAAUAUUCUAGUAAUGACGAUGUCACCCAUAUUUAUUCCUCGCUUCUUUAUUUAUCCGAUUCGAAAUCGAUACUCGCAUCAAUAAAUUUGAUAUUUUAUAGCACCUCGUGCGCGGUCCAUUUAUAAUUCGAAACAAAAAAAUUUUAUAUAGAUAUUAAAUAUUCUAAAAGAAAACGCGCGUCCACGGAGAUUCGAGAACUUUAGCCAUUUUAUACCCGAAAAGAUGUACGCAAAUAUAAUUUUACACAUUAUUACUAUCGUAGAAAUCAAUUGGUAGAGACGAAAAUAGUACUGCUGUUAUGAUUAUAAUACUUGGAUAUUUUAUUGUCGGCGUUGGAUUUGUAUUAUCGAGAGAAACUAAUUUUACAUCCGGGUUCAGAAAGAUGAUCAGGAUUCAAAUCGAUGGACAAAUGUCUGUCGCAGACUACUCGUGUAAUUUUCAGGGCUAGAAAACGGAAACGAAAAAAAGAAAAAAAAAAAGAAAAAAAAAAUGAAAACGCGUUCGAAGUAGAAGAUACAA